GCACCAAGGUGCGGCAUGGCCAGGUGGGGGCAGGGAGAUCCGCGCUGGAUUGUGGAGCAGAGGGCGGACGCCACCAACACGAACAACUGGCACUGGAUGGAACGUGACGAUAUUGCCUGGUCCACAGAUAAGCUGACGGAGCUGUUCCUGGCAGUCAGCGUGCAGAGGGAGCAGGGCACCUGCGAGGUGACGGAGGUCAGCAAGCUGGAUGGGGAGGCCUCCAUCAACAACCGCAAAGGGAAGCUCAUCUUCUUCUACGAGUGGGACAUCAAGCUGGACUGGACCGGACAAUUCACGUCAGGAGUGAAGUACAAGGGACACGUGGAGAUCCCGAACCUGUCCGAUGAGAACGACCCCAAUGAAGUGGAGAUCAGAGUCUCUUUGGCGAUGGAUGAGCCGGACACAAGUCUAACGGAGCUGAUGACAAAGAGCGUGGUGCAGCGGCUCCGGGAGGCUGUGGGGCAGUACAUCGCCACCAUGAAGUCAGAGUUCCCACAAGGAAUGAUUUUGCCUACGGAAAACAGAAUGUUGCACAGCUCCCGCACCGCGGCUCCCGCACCGACUCAGGACAAAAUGGUGACGUGUCCGACAACAGGCGUAAAGAUCCCCACCUGUAAGGUCAGCAUGAAGGAGACGUUUCUGACCUCCCCCGAGGAGCUGUACAGAGUGCUGACCCAGCAGGAGCUGGUUCAGGGAUUCGCGCACGCUCCGGCCACAGUGACGGCAGAAAAAGGCGACAAAUUGCUACUGGGAGGGAACGUGAGUGGAGAGUUCAUAGAAGUGGAGUCUAAGAAGCGAAUUGUCAUGUCCUGGAGGUUCAAGAUGUGGCCAGCAGGGCACCACGCCACCGUCACACUCACCUUCACAGACAGGGGGGGGGGGGAGACGGAGCUGCGGAUGGAGGCACGAGGCGUCCCCCAGAGCGAGGAGCAGCAUCUGAAGGACGGCUGGAAGAGAUAUUACUUUGAUGGCAUCAAGCAGACCUUUGGGUUUGGGGCGAUGCUCUUAUAACGGGGGGGGGGUUAUC